AACGAAAUAAGUAAAUUUCCAUUUUGCCCUUAAUUCAGUUUUCUUCCUAAAUCUCCCCUCAAGCAGUGAUCAGUUGAAGAAGACGAUGGCAGCGCUCGCGAGUUCUCUCAUCUCCCCUCAAGAUCUCAGCUUCAAAUGGCGGUCUGAGGAUUGCUCAUCAAAGCUGCUAGGUCAAUCCUUUGUGAACAGCAACCAUCUGAAUUUGUCUCUCAGGCCCAUUAACACCAGGAGAGGAAAAAUUGGAAUCUCUAAGCGACAGAUUAGUGUUCAAGCUGGUUUGAGUGGAAAUGGUGGAAGGUCAAGCACUGCAAGUGUCUUCGUCGGGGGCUUUCUAUUGGGAGGACUAAUAGCGGGAGCACUUGGUUAUGUUUAUGCUCCUAAAAUUGGCAAAGCAUUGGAUGGGACUGACAAGAAAGAUCUAAUGAGGAAGUUGCCAAAAUUUAUAUAUGACGAGGAUAAAGCUUUGGAGAAGACCAGAAAGGUACUGGAAGAGAAGAUUGCACAGCUGAAUUCAGCCAUUGAUGGUGUCUCUUCCGAGCUUCGAGCAGAUGAUGCUCCCAAUGGUGCCAUGCCAGAAGAAAUUGAAUCUGCAACCUAAGAGCAAAGCAAAGAACAAUGCAAGCCGAUAUCUGCUACUGUAGGCAGAUAUUCCCCCCUGUUCUUUUUUGAACCAAAUAAAUGGUUUAGGGACACAGUUCUAUUUCAGCAAUGUGUUGACGAAACAUAUUUUCUUCAGACGUGUGUUUUUGUGGGUAAUUAUGCAAUACAUUAUUGUGAAUGGCAGAAUCAAUAGCUCAAUCUCUUUGGUAUUUCUCUUCCAAAGAAGAAAAUUACCAGCUAUAAUUGUUGUGAAUUGGAAGUAAAGCUAGUAGUCUUAAUCAA